AGGGCGGUGGCUUGUGAUGGGGCCGCGGACGCAGGCGCGCGCGCGCGCGAGCGCUCAAAGCGAUGGCGCCAUGCGCGUGGCGCCCUGCGCCGGCCCCGGCGCCUGCCGAGAAUUCGCCUGCAGAGAAUUCGGCCCGCUCGGCCGCGGACGGCAGGCCCCUGCUGUCCGACCUCGCCACGGGCACCCCGCGCCGGCCCUCGUCGGCCGCCGCCGACGAGGAGGGCGGCCUCUUGUUGCACGUGCAAGUCGCGGCAGGUGACGACGCCGAGCGCAGGGGCGUCGCCGGCCGCCGAAGGCGCCUGGCGACCGCCGCCCUCCUGGCGGGCACGCUCGCUGCCGCCGCCGCCGCCGCCUGCGCGCGGCCGCUGGGCGGCCGGGCGCGCCCCGAGAGCAGCGCCAGAGCCCACCGCGGCCGCACGUCCCUCGCGGCGCUCGGCCUGGCAGAGCUGCCGCCGCCGCGGCGGGAGACAGUGCUCGAGGCCGCCCAGUCCGGCGUCUUCGGCGACGACGGCGCCGCCGCCGCGGCUGGCGCCAGCUGCGCAGCCUACGGCUGCGGGGGAUCGUACAACCCGUUGAACGGUUGCCAGUGCAACGAUGAAUGCGUGGUGUACAACAGCUGCUGCCAUGACUUCGAGGA